CCCCAACUCCAAAAUGAGAAUGCUUAAUUGGAGAAAUUAAACUAGAGAACAGCGUUACUUGGGGAGAAAGCUGCUGCUACUCGCUCACCCAACCAAGCAAAAAACUGCGUAUUAUAUUUUCCCCAAAUCCUUGACUCGAACUUUUCGGUAUCUUAAUGCCGGAGGAGCCGAUUUUCGGCUGGAACAGCAGCGGUGGACGAAAUCUCCACCGGAGAAAGCUUCUCGCCGGUGAAAAAGUAGAGGUAAGAAGUGUUGAAGAAGGGUUUCUCGGUUCUUGGUAUUCGGCAACUGUUCUUUCCUCCAAAAAGCGACGCCUCCGUAGCAUCAGAUACAAUCACAUCCUCUCUGAUGAUGCUACUGAUUAUCUUGUGGAGACUGUUGAUGUUUCCGAGGUAGUGGAAGGGCUGAGCUCUUCUUCUGGUAGUCUACGUGGAAGUUUAAGACCUGUGCCGCCGAAGCUAGAAGUUGAUCGAUUCAGCCUUGUGUAUGGACUCUGUGUUGAUGUAUUGAUCAAUGAAGCUUGGUGGGAAGGUGUGAUAUUUGACCACGAAAACGGUUCUCAGAAAAGGAGUGUCUUUUUCCCUGAUUUGGGUGACGAAACUGAUGCUGAUCUUCAAUCUUUGCGUGUUACUCAGGACUGGGAUGAGGUUACAGAGGCUUGGGAGUGUCGUGGGAGAUGGAUGUUUCUUCAGUUGAUUGAGAAAUAUGAGGAGGAUAACUAUCUUCCGGUUUCGGUAAAGCAGCUUUGGUAUGACAUACGGGUCAGAGUUGGUUUUGCGAGGAUCAGGGAAUGGACUUGCUCUAUUAGGCAUUUAUGGGAAGAUUUGAUGGUGGAGGUGAUUGAGGACAAUCUGAAAAUCACUAUAAAUCAGUUUCUUCGUGAUAAUGAUGCUGAAAGAUAUCCACUCCAUGAGUUCGAGCUAGUUAAAGAAGCUUCUCAGACCUAUGCUUGUCCAAGUGGCGUGGAAGUGGAAGUGAUUGCUCCACAAGAACAACAGUUUUUCUCCAAUGACAAAGAUCACAGAUGCAUGUCCAUGCCUGGCUUAGCUUCUCUGUCUGGCAUAAGGUCGGAGGAAAGUUACAUCAAUGGGGUAACAGAACUUUCCAGCCAAAAAUCUACUUCCGACCAUAUCAAGUUGAUACUACCCGAUAAACUUAGAACCUGGCAAUUUUUUUAUUGUGUUGUUAAAUCAUGCCCACAAGCCGUGUCGAGCUAUAUUAGGGCACCGUUACAGAUAGUGGCCUUCCAUGUUAGGAAGCAUCUUAAGUAUAUGGGAUGGACCAUAGAACAAACUGUGGAUGAAGGUGGAAGGCAUAGGUUUCGCUACCUCUCACCAGAUGGAAGGCUAAAUGAGAAGUCCCUUCGUCAAAUAUGUAUCAUAUUGAAACAACGUGAUCAGCCCCUGGCUCCUCCGGUGGUGGCUAAGCCUCUUUCUCUGCCUAGUGAAAACUGGAAGUGUAACACUCGGGAAAUGAGGAGCAUUGUUUUGGCUUUGCCUGCUUGUAACCGAAAUGUCGCUCUUGGUGAUGGAAGGAAGUCGCCUGCUGCAACCUUGCUUGAGUGUGGAAGCCAAGGAAAAGAGGAGGUCUUCAAUAGAAAAAGCGGUGAAUCCUAUCCCAGCAACGCCGCCCAGAAUCGUAAAAGAGCACUCUAUUUUAGGCUGGAGACAAAAACAAAAGCUCAAGGCUUCGAAAGGUUGAGAAGUAAGCGUAAACAGAAACCUAAUCUUAGAUAUCGCUCCAGGGAGAACAAACUGACUGUAGGUUCGCGAGAUGUCAAUCUGAGCAGGACGAGGGGGCAAACUUCAAGAGUACUAACAGAUAUCAAGAAUCGAGUAACUGGUCGUGGUAAACCCCGUGUGUCACGAUCAAGCAAGAGAUUGCAGCGGGUAAUGACUCCCACUUCCAGAAAUCAAAGUCCACGCACUGUUCUUUCCUGGCUCAUCGAUAACAAUGUGAUUCUACCAAGAGAAAAUAUACGAUGACGUAACCAAAAGGAUCACACUGUGAGAAAACAUGGAAAACUAACUCGUGCGGGUAUAAAAUGCAGUUGUUGCCGUAGAAUUUUCUCCAUAAGUGGCUUUGAGGCUCAUGCUAAUGGUGGAUCCUGCAGAACGGCAGCCAACAUCUUCCUGGACGAUGGAAGAUCUCUUUUGGAAUGCCAAGUGGAAGAAAGAAAGGAAGCACAACCACCUAAUCUUCUGAAGAUAAAAUUGCGUCAUGGGGAGAACGACAUAGUUUGUUCCGUUUGUCAUUAUGGAGGGAAGCUGAUUCUUUGCGAUGGAUGUCCAUCCGCUUUCCAUGCAACUUGUCUUGGGCUGGAGGAUGUUCCAGACGGUGACUGGUUCUGCGCAUCAUGUUGUUGUGAAGCCUGUGGACUAUUUAUUGCCAAGAAUACUAGCAAGUAUGCUAAAGAUAAUAUACUUAUCAGCUGCAAGCAGUGUGAACGUAAAUAUCACCCUAGCUGUCUGCAGGAUUCAUUGAAUACAUUCUUGGCAGAAAAGUGGUUUUGCAGCAAGGACUGCGAAGAGAUAUUUGUAAAUCUCCGUGAGCUUAUUGGGAAACCGAGAGAGGUGUGCUUGAAGAAGAAAUUAACUUGGAGACUGGUGCAGUCCUUGGAACAAGAUACAUUUGGGACUGACGCUUCUAAAAUUGAAGCCGUGGCAGAAACCCACUGCAAGCUCAGUGUAGCUCUUGACGUGAUGCAUGAACUUUUCGAGCCUGUGAAAAGACGUCAUUCUGGUGGAGAUCUUGCUGAAGAUGUUAUUUUUAGCAGAUGGUCAAAAUAUAAACGUUUGAACUUCAGUGGAUUUUACACGGUACUUCUAGAAAGGAACGACGAACUGAUUACUGUGGCUACUGUCAGGAUUCUGGGGAAAAAGGUUGCAGAAAUGCCCUUCAUUGGUACUAGAUUCCAGCAUCGCCAGCAUGGCAUGUGCCGAGUUUUCAUGGAUGAACUCGAAAAGGUGCUCAUUGACUUGGGAGUUGAGAGACUGGUCCUGCCUGCAGUUCGGUGCGUACUGGACACAUGGAUCAACUCAUUUGGGUUUUCAAAAGUGAUAAUUCCCGAAAAGAAAAACUUUCUGCAGUUUACUUUCUUGGAAUUUGGACGAACAAUAUUGUGCCAAAAGAUACUGAUCAUGAGCAGUGUGUCACAUCCACCUCCAAGUACAAGUACAGUGUUUCUUGGUGAAACAAACUGUGACAUCAUCACGAUUGAAGACAAAUACAUGAGGCAGAACAGAACAUGAGGAUCGAAGACAUUUCUGCAUCUGAUGAUAGAUCAGAAGUUCAUCAGGCAGAAAAGCACCUCGAGGAAUCUAGCUCUACUAAAAAUACCCCGGAG